UCUGCUCAGUGCCACUAAUACUUCUUCGCAUAGGUACAGUAGUGGUCAUCGUCACCGCAUACGUGCGUCACUCCUACGGAUACUGGAAAAGGAGGAAUGUGCCUUAUUUAAAACCUAAUUUUCCCUAUGGAAACAACGACUACCUAGUUCCAAAGGGAAUUGGUAUAGGAAUGCUCACCAAAAAGUUUUAUCAACAGUUUAAGAGCAGGGGACAUAUGAUCGGUGGAGUUUACAUUGGUAUCGAGCCAUAUAUAAUAGUGUUGGAUCCAGAAUGCAUCAAGGAUAUUUUAAUAAGAGACUUUCAGAACUUUACCGACAGAGGAGUGUACAUGAAUGAGAAAGACCCUCUAAGCGUUCACAUUCUUUCCCAACCAGGCCCCCAAUGGAAGGACGCCAGAGUAAAACUUUCUACAAUAUUCACAUCCUCGAAAAUAAAGGCGAUGUUUGAAACGAUGUUGGAUUGCUCUGGGGGAUUAAAAGGAGCCUUAGAAAAACUGUCGCAACAAAAAGACGACGUUGACAUAUUAGAAGUAGUAUCUUGCUACAACACAGAUGUCAUAG